AUGUAUGGAACAAUCAUCUUCGCGGCGCUGCUGUGCACCCCUGCCGCCUGCGACAUCGACUCAAUUAUCGACGGUAAAAAUGCUGCAACACCUCUCCGCCAGCUAUCUGGCGUGUCGAGAAGGAAGUACCUACAAAAUGAUAUGGCUCGCUUGAUGGCGACACCUUCGCACAUAUCUCUCAUGGACAGCGAUGCAGAUGAUGAGGACGAAGACGAUGAUGACGGCGACUAUCACCACUUCGAAGUUGAUGGCGCUGGAGCCACGACACAUACCCGCAUCGCUGACGUUAAGGCCUCCGAAAAGGUCAACAGCAAGGAUUCUGUGAAGCAACAGCAUAAGCCUUUGUUGAUGGGUAGCCUUCCAGCGACAACUGAGAAUACUGAUGCUCCUGGUUGCGCUCUGGACGUCAUUGGAGAUUUUUUUAAUAAGCUCUCUGAAAAGUUCCACAACAGCAUGAACGAGUUUUUCGACAACAUCGACAAGCAGAUCAAGGCGAACAGCGAGCUUCCUCUAUUGGAGCAGGGUGACACCUUCUUCUAA